UGACAUUCUCAUUGGAUGGUUGGUGUUGGUUGAUGGUUGUAGUUUGGCGUUUGAUUUUGCUUGAGGAGUUGAGGAAGUUUUGGACCGGAUUUGUUUUUGUUGGUGAUAUUUUGGAUUUUGUGAUAAGUAGAUACAUAAUUUAGAAUUCAGAAGUGAAGGUAUGCCAUUACCUACUUUGCAGCUCCCUGUAAGGAUGUAUCAACAGGGAAAUGCUGUCGAGCCAAUGCAGGUUGAUGCCCCACUGGAAGAUAAUGAUAACACAGAAGAAGACCCGUAUUUGGUGGAAAACCCAACAUUGGAUCUGGAGUCGUACGCAAAUAGUUAUACAGGCCUAGCGCGACUCUAUAGGUUGAUGUACAUUGCCGAUCACUGUCCACCUCUGCGUGUCGAAGCACUUAAGAUGGCCAUUAAUUAUGUCAUGCAGACAUACAACGUCAACCUCUACCAGCAGCUGCACAAAAAGCUGCAGGAAAAUAUUGGAGGGAUGUCACUGCCUGAUGUGGCUAGUGGAGGAGCUCAGGACAUACCAGCACCCGACCUGGUCUGGAUCGAAUCUAAAAACAAGAAAGGUGCAAUGAAACUUGAGAAGCUAGACACAGAUUUGAAGAACUACAGGAGCAACUCGAUUAAGGAGAGCAUCCGGCGGGGGAAUGACGACUUAGGAGACCACCACCUGGAUUGUGGUGAUCUCAGCAAUGCCCUCAAGUGCUACUCACGUGCACGCGACUACUGCACCAGUGGGAAACACGUGGUCAACAUGUGCCUCAACGUAAUCAAGGUCAGCGUAUAUCUGCAGAACUGGUCACAUGUGCUCAGUUACGUCAACAAAGCCGAGUCCACCCCUGACUUCUCUGAGGUUAAUGGCAAGGACAGUAACCAAGCGAUCUUGACGAGGCUCAAGUGUGCGGCCGGAUUGGCAGAACUGGCUACCAGCAAGUACAAGACAGCGGCUAAGCACUUUCUACAGGCGAACUUAGACCACUGCGACUUUCCCGAGCUGUUGUCAUGUAGUAAUGUAGCCAUGUACGGUGGCCUGUGUGCGCUGGCCACCUUCGACCGCCAGGAGCUGCAGAAACAUGUCAUCUUCAGCAGUUCAUUUAAGUUAUUCCUGGAAUUAGAACCACAGCUUCGUGACAUCAUUUUCAAGUUCUACGAAUCAAAGUAUGCAUCAUGUCUCAAAUUGUUAGAUGAAAUCAAGGACAACCUUUACUUGGACAUGUAUCUGGCACCACAUGUUAACACACUGUACACCCAGAUUAGAAACAGAGCACUCAUACAGUACUUCAGUCCAUACCUGUCGGCGGACAUGCGGAAGAUGGCAGAAGCUCUCAACACCUCAGUGUCUGCUCUUGAGGACGAGUUGAUGCAACUUAUACUGGAUGGUCAGAUACAGGCACGCAUUGAUUCACACAACAAGAUCCUCUAUGCCAAGGACAUGGAUCAGCGCAGCACAACGUUUGAGAAGUCACUGGCUGUCGGCCGAGAAUACCAAAGACAGACAAGGAUGCUCAUCCUGCGAGCCGCCAUGCUCAGACACCAGAUACAUGUCAAGAGUCCCCUGAGAGAAAACAGUCAAGGAGGAGAGAUGUCCGUCGCCCCUGGCAACAGCAGUCUGGCUCCUCGUUCGUGAGUCCUGCCUGCCGUCUAGACCGUGUCCAAUGAAUUUUAAUUGGACAUAUCCACUGAUAAACCUCUGUAAUUUAUGUCUUUGCCUCGAUUACUCCUAUGUUAAGUGAUUUAUUGAAAAUACACUAUAAUGUAUAA